AUGGUCUCGCGAAGCCGGUCCCCGGACAGCCAACCGAAGACUCUCAGAAAAAACAACCUUGACAUGACCUCAGAAUCAGAGAUCAAGAGAGAGCUAUCUGAGUAUGCCGGGUAUGUCUUUGCCCAGUGGAUUGGAGAAUCAAUAGAGCUCGUGGUUGAUCUUCCAAAUCCCGAUCCGCUUCUUCCCCUUUUUCAUUGUAUUAAACCGGACGCUAGCCCAUUAUAUGAGAACCUGUCGAUGAGUCUGCCUAAAGGCUGCUCUUCUGCCUUACCCUUAAGUAAGGGCGGUGGAACUCUUAUACUUCCUUUAUCCGCUAUCGCUAUGUCACAAAGUUGGACAGACCUGGGUGGGGAUCUCUACUCGAAUAGAAGGCGCGAACUCAUCGAUGCUAUGACAGCCCUUCCUUGCCUAACCGCUGCUGUUUUCUCAGGUCGAGUUGAGGGCUUGAGCUUCUAUGAUUCCUUUUCUUUAUAUCUUCAUUUAAUCCUCCCUGUUUCAGGUCAAGUUUUCACUGACGUAGUUGGCAGCCCAUACUAUGUUGCUCCCGAGGUUCUCCUCAAGCAUUAUGGGCCUGAAGCAGAUGUUUGGACCGCCGGUGUCAUACUUUAUAUAUUGCUCAGUGGUGUACCACCGUUUUGGGCAGAGACCCAGCAGGGUAUAUUUGAUGCUGUAUUGAAGGGACAUAUAGAUUUUGACUCAGAUCCAUGGCCUCUAAUAUCUGAUAGUGGAAAAGAUCUGAUUAGAAAGAUGUUGUGUUCUCAGCCUUCAGAUCGGUUGACUGCUCAUCAAGUCUUAUGUCAUCCUUGGAUAUGUGAAAAUGGAGUUGCCCCUGACAGAUCAUUGGACCCUACUGUUCUUUCUCGUCUCAAACAGUUUUCUGCAAUGAAUAAGCUAAAGAAGAUGGCAUUGCGGGUAAUUGCCGAAAGUCUAUCUGAAGAGGAAAUUGCUGGUUUGAGAGAAAUGUUCCAGACUAUGGAUACUGAUAACAGUGGUGCAAUCACUUUUGAUGAACUCAAAGCUGGUCUAAGAAGAUAUGGGUCUACCCUUAAGGAUACAGAAAUACGCGAUCUUAUGGAAGCGGUAGGGUGUUAGUGACUUAGUUUUGUUAAAAAU